GAAAUAACGUGUAACUUGUCACUCUUUGUACAUUUGCAUGCGAGACACUUCAGGAUUAUUCGCACCUUUGAACAACACAGGAUACCCGUCGUGUUUAUCAGAAUGUAAGCACAACUUGAACUCUCCUGGGUGAAAUGCCGAAAAGAAAGCGCGGAGUGUGGAAGCGGUCUUCGUGUAACCCAAAUAGGGUUCCCUCGUCCACUGCUUUUGUGAAGCCUAGGGACGACGAAGACGCGGUGUCCAUCUGGGUCCAGUGCGAGAGCGAGAGCUGUCAAAAAUGGCGCCAAAUUUCAGCCGAAGAAGCCGAGGGCUUAGGGGACAGCGCGUGGUAUUGCUGGCUCAAUCGUGACACGCGUUAUAACAACUGCUCCGCCGUGGAACAGAAAGCCAAGAAACCCAAGCAUAUGAAAUUCAUAUACAGUCUGCUUCCCCAGGGAGAAGUGGUCAUGGCUAAAUUGUCGGGUUACCCGCCUUGGCCAGGAAUACUAACCCGUGAUCCAACUUGCGGCGAGUACUACGACGCACCGCUGGACAAAGAGAAUGAAAUCACCCAUUAUCACGUAGAAUUUUUUGGUCAGCCUCGUUCACGUGCAUGGCUAGUGCCAGCCCGCGUGCAUCCGCUGCGCUCCAUGAACGAGACUAAGAUGGUUCCUCAAUUCAGAAAGAUUCAGGGAAGGCAAUUAAUUGAACUCAAAAAGUCGUACGAGUUUGCGCUCAAGGAAGCACAGAGCUCCCUUAACACGACUGCAGAGGAGAGGAUAGAGACGUGUCACUUCAAAUAUGUUGAGGAGGAAGACAAACCCAGCCCUGUUGCAGUUAGCUUGGAGAGAACAGCUCCAGCUGAAAGAGUCAAGGUACCCGCCAAAAUUCCCGCACGCCGCAAAACCGAUACUCCGUUGAACUCUCCGACGAUUCCUGUAAUGGCGAGUGAGCACUUUGGUGUCGAGCAAGAAUGCUUGGCAAAUCCAGAGUUGAAGGAAAAAGAAUUCCUGGAGCGUCUGCAGGCGUUUUCAUCAGAGCGAGGAGUCACUUUACCCAGAGCACCAGUCUGGCGAGGAAAAAGCAUCAAUCUGUUUAGAUUCUACAACUUGGUUCAGCAACGUGGUGGAUUUGAAAAAGUCUGUCAACGCAGAUUGUGGGACGAAUUGUAUAACGAGUUGGUAGAGUUGAAUGAGAUAUAUGAAGGAAUAAGCACGCCUACACAAGUUUUCUACCAAAAAUAUCUGAUGCCUUUUGAGCAUCAUCUUAGAAAUCAAAAGACAAGUGACGAUGUAACCAGACCGCCAUCUCAGGCGAAGUGGCCAACCUGUAAACCAGUCUGCCAGUGGAGAAGGACUUCCUGCUCGUCAGCUGUGGACGAAGGCGAACAGAUGGUGCCUCAGAAUUCCCAUGCAACUCACAAACAAAACGCAGAUUCGACGAAACAUCUUGACAAUCGUGAAAAUGCGAACAACGCAAUGGUAAAUAGGGCUUUCCAAUCAUGCACACUUUUAACAAGGGAGGCGGGUCGGGAUGAGGUUCCCAGUUCGAACCCAGAUUCCCCUCACCAGUCGUUUGGUGGCUGUUCUUUUGAUAGCGAUGAUGACGAAAGCACAAGUUCCACUUGCGAAGCAGCGGAGCGAGAACUUCAACAGCUGGAGAGAUUACUGUUGUCGCUUGAACCCUCCCUUUACCCUCAGACAGAAGGCGAUGCACUCUCUAAGAGCAGAGAGCAGCAAGAGGUAAAACAGUUUCCUCACGCAGAGCCUGUAGAUGUAAACGGAACUGCCGAGGAAGUAGACCUUACAAAAACUUUAGAUGAAAUGGCCAGAAUAGAAGGAGCGAUAGCAGACUUGAAUACAUUGGUUGCAUUAGAUAUGGAGCAGCUGUGAUUUGUGAUAUGCAUGUAUCGGACUUAUAACUUGUACUCCCUCAGUGAGUAUUUUCGGAACGAACAGAUCCCGGAAAUAUUUGUAGAUAGCGGUUUAAAAGAAGUGUUCUCGUUAUUUUCGACGAUUUUGACGAGCUGCCAUAGUUUGCAGCCAUCUCCAAGACUGAUUUGUUUUCCCUUGGUGUCUAAAGAAAUCAUGGUUUUUGUCAAUGUUUUGAAUAAAUCAUUUGUUGAAGAGGCA